GCACGAUGAUCUACAAUUAUAAGACAAAGAAACAUAGAGACCUGACCACAGCCAUGGCAACCAAGCCUGUUCUUCACUACUUCCAUUCCCGGGGCAGAAUGGAGUCUGUCCGCUGGCUCCUGGCUGCAGCUGGAGUGGAGUUUGAAGAAAAAUUCAUUAAAACACAAAAAGACUUGAAAAGGUUAAAAAAUGAUGGGAGUUUGAUGUUCCGGCAAGUGCCCAUGGUGGAGAUUGACGGGAUGAAGCUGGUGCAGACCAGAGCCAUUCUCAACUACAUCGCCACCAAAUACAACCUCUAUGGGAAGGACAUGAAGGAGAGAGCUAUGAUUGACAUGUAUACGGAAGGUACCAUCGAUCUGAACGAAAUGAUUAUCCGCUAUCCAUUCCUUCCACCUGGGGAGAAAGAUGCAAGCCUAGCCCAGAUCAUACAGAAAGCAAGAAAGUGUUAUUUUCCUGCCUUUGAAGAGGUGUUGAAGAGCCAUGGGCAAGACUACCUUGUUGGGAACAGGCUGAGCAAGGCUGACGUUCAUGUGGUUGAACUUCUCUACCACAUGGAGGAACUGAACCACAGCAUUGUGGCCAACUUCCCCCUGCUUCAGGGCCUGAGAACCAGAGUCAGCAACCUCCCCACAGUGAAGAAGUUUCUCCAGCCUGGCAGCCAGAGGAAGCCUUUUGAGGACGAGAAGUUUGUAGAAGAGCUUAAGAAGAACUUCUUCUAAAUGAGACUGGACAGGAGGGAACAUAGAGUUCCUGUCUUCUGAGUGUCCCAGCAGUAAAGGGCCCAGGGUUACUCCUAAUCCUCACAGAGCUAGCAAAGGUUUCCAACUGUUAUGUGCUGAUCUUGUCAGAUGUGAACCCCGUGAAUGUGUUUGUAACAUUGUCUGUUGGGUUUUGAACAAAUUUGAAAUCAUGAUCACGUCCUAAGAAGUCCCUUUGAAUUUAAAUAAUCAGAGAAAGAUGUUUAAACUCAGAUCUAUUAAAACCUUGUCAUUUUUCAGCUCUUAUAGACCUUGUCAAAAAAUUAAGCAGAUUUUUUUUUCAUUUGAUGCUUUGGCCUAUGCAAAAAUUCUCUUUCCUGAUGUGUCUUCAUGACUUUCUGUGUAAAAACACAUUUUUUUUUUUUAAAAAGAAUCCUGUUCCUUCAAGUAAUACUUUUCUCACUGACUCAUGCAUUUGCAUGCUUGACAUCGGUGUCAAGCAUCCAUUGCCCCUGGAGCUGGGUAAAUGAUGAAUGAGGCAGAGAAAGUGUCAGCUCCGUGAAGCUUGCUGCCGCAAGAGAAACAACAAAAGUGGAUGAUUCUAAUUCAACCAGGCUUUCCCCAGGAAUCAUGUUGCCAAGACUGCUCUUACAGUAUAGCACAGUCUUUGCACCUGGUGAUAAUUAA